GAGCGCCAAAUAUCCAGCACUACAAGUCUCCAACAGGGACACGGGAGAGAGGUUUGGACUCGAGUACGUUGAGCAAGGGUGCCGUGCUGUUCCUCUCGACUGGGAAAAGCACAGAUCUCAGAAGAGGACAGACAUGUCCGUAUUCCUGACCCCUCUCCCUGUUGAGAAAUGUCAACCCUCAGCAACACAGCUGCCGCCGACUGUCAGAUUUCCUGAUUCUGCAGCUCCUGCUACUGAGGCUUUAAAGAGAGAAAGCACUGAGGAGCCCCAGAUGGACAUAGAUCUGCCCUGCACACCUCCACUGCCUAUGACCGCCUCACCAAGAAGUGCACGCACGGGGCCUAUCAAGACUGGUGGCCGGGUCUUUGUGUUGGACCACAAUCGGUGGCCUGGCCCAAUGAGGGUGGCUAUGGAUGGUCUGCUUGCCAGGCAUCAUGGACAGAAGGACAUGCUGAAACUGGUGGACUUUGACUAUGCUUCCAUGGUGCAAAGUUCAUGUGCAGACCCCAACAGCCUGCUUCACCCAACCACCAAACACCACAUUGGAAGGUAUAUUAAACACCUGGCCAAAUUAAAAAACACCAGUUCCUCCCUUAACACCAGUCCUGAAAAGCUCUUGGAGACCCAACAACUGUGGCAGCACUUAACCAUGGGUAGUGACACAACCUGUGUCCCUGUAACAGCACUCCCACCUGCAGUUGUGAACCCACCCGCACUGCCCACACAAAAUGCUCCUUUACUGAAGCUGCCAUAG